CAAAAUCCCUCUUUCUUUCCUUCUCGCUCACAUUGUGCCGGGGCGUGUGGUUGUAGCUAGAAAAGUAUAAUUUUUUAUAUAAAAAUGGCAGUAGGAGACGUAAAAACCGCUCAAGGCCUCAACGAACUCAACACAUACUUGGCCGAUAAAAGCUAUGUGUCAGGUUACGUUCCAACCCAAGCCGACUUCCAAGUGUUCGAGCAAGUCGGCAAGGCCCCGAGCAACAGCUUGCCUCAUGCCCUCCGGUGGUACAACCAAAUCGCGUCGUACUCUGCCGACGAGCGCAAGUCAUGGGCUGCUGGAGUGAGCCCACUGACCGCGGGCGGCAAGACCACCACAGCACCUGCCCCCGCCGCCAAGGACGAUGAUGAUGACGAUGUCGACCUAUUCGGCUCUGGUGAUGAGGAAGAGGAUGCAGAGGCAGCCAGAAUUCGUGAGGAACGUCUUAAAGCCUAUGCUGACAAGAAAUCCAAGAAACCCACCCUUAUUGCUAAGUCAUCUAUACUCCUUGACGUUAAGCCUUGGGAUGAUGAAACUGACAUGAAGGAGAUGGAGAAACUUGUCCGCACCAUCGAGAUGGACGGCCUCCUAUGGGGUGCCUCCAAACUUGUGCCAGUUGGAUACGGUAUCAACAAACUGCAGAUCAUGUGUGUCAUCGAGGAUGACAAGGUCUCUGUUGACCUUUUGACUGAGAAGAUCCAAGAAUACGAAGACUUUGUCCAAUCUGUUGAUAUUGCUGCAUUCAACAAAAUCUAAAAUGUGAAGCCUCCAUAAUUUUAAGAAUACUUUUCAAUAAAAUCAUUUUUUUCCACA